CAUUUCCGUACAUUUUUUCUGAACACAAAAAUAUUUAACAAUAACGAUUAGCGGUACGUUCCCGCGACAAGAUAAAAACCUCACUAAAAUUGAUAAAAAUGUUAAAAACACGCCUUUUUCGUGUACACCGCAGCUUCAGUCUGUUUUGUAAUCAAACAACAUGUUUUGGCGGGUCGCCAAGAAUGUUCUUAAAAUAGUUGCCGCCAACCUGCGUUACCAGUUGAACGAAUACUUACGCUACGGCGUUAGUCCGUGGAAAUAUCCUUUUUUCCUUCAUAAUGGACCGACAUCACCCCCUGCAUGCGAGUUUCCACGGCUCCAUGAGGAGCAGGGACUCCUCAUCGACAGCCGGUAGUGAUCCGAGAGAAAAAAUCAAAGACUGCCUUCGAAAAUUCAUAGCGUUUAUGUUUACACAAGUGGGUGUUGGUGCUCUCGUCGUCUGCUAUGCAAUACUCGGUGCAGCAAGCUUCAUGCACAUAGAAAGGGAUAGUCCUGACCAGCAACUGGAAGAUGUGAGACGUUGGAGACAGAACUGUGUGGAAAAAAUGUGGCAAAUAGCUGAAACUAUUAACACUCUUGACGAACCACUGUUCAAGAAGAACGUAAAUGAUAUUCUUGUUGGUUACCAAAGCAACAUCACUUCAGCAAUUCAUACUGGGUAUAAUGGAAGAUCUGCUGAAGACAUCUGGUCUUUUCCUGCUGCAUUAAUGUACUCUUUAUCUGUCUUCACAAUGAUUGGUUAUGGCAAUGUUGUACCUAAAACGGUAUGGGGUAAAAUCGUGACCAUUGCUUACGCUUGUUUCGGAAUACCAAUUUACAUUCUAUACUUCUGCAACAUGGGGAAAGUUUUAGCGAAAACUUUUAAAUGGUUAUACAUUACUGCACAUGAAUGUAGUAGAAGAGAGGACCCAUUGUUUGAAGAUGGUGAAAUACAGCCAAAACGAAAGAUCACCGUACCAUCAACUGCAUGUUUGUGGGUGAUUUCCUUCUACAUCCUCACAGGAACAAUAAUGUUUGGAGCUUGGGAGAAAUGGAACUAUUUAGACUCUACAUACUUCUGUGUUAUCAGUUUAUGUAAGAUUGGAUUCGGGGAUUUUGUACCUGGAGCGAACAUAGCUGAUUCGGCAGGUGGUUCGCAUUUAAAGCUUGUUAUAAACUUUAUCUACGUAUUACUGGGUAUGGGGUUGGUUGCAAUGUGUUAUAACCUCAUGUGUGAAGACGUACGUGUGAAGGUCAGAGAACUAAGAGAAGACCUGAAGAACUGCUUGGAUGACAUCACUCUGAAAAUUACAGUGUGUAUGAAUGAUACGAAGUAUUAUCAUAAACAAAACAGGCAUAAAUAAUAAUAGAAUAGAUAAUAAGUAGAACAAUAUUAUGGAUAGUUAGGUAAAACAUAGAUUUAAAAUCAUGUCUCCAAAAAAGGUUGGAGACAACUGUAGAUUAUUUUAUGUAUGGAUUAUGUGUAAAUAAAGGAAAUCAUGCAUGUUGUUAUUGUUAAUACAAGAAGCAAAAACCAGUAUAUAUUUUUAGACAUAAUAAUUAAUCCCUUUUUAAGGGCGUAGGGCUCGAAUAACAGAUUUCCACUCCUCGCGAUCUACCAUACCAUUACCACAAAAUAAAGAAUAAUAUAUUAUAAUUAAAACUUCGCUUCUGUAAAAAACCGGACCUGUCAAAUCUUCAGGUUAAGUAAGCGGACCCUGUGAUAAACAGGAAAAUGUUAGGGAGAUGAUGAUAUUAUUAUUAAAGCGGUAACCCUCCGCACCAAUUCGUAUCGGGCGUCGACUUCACCCCCUCUGCAUCUUACUUUAGUCUCAAAUAGCUGUAUAUGUCACACCCCCGACACUUCAUACAAAACACCUCGGUUUACACAGACACUACACACUGACGUCAUCGUACACGCGCACCUGUGUGUGUGACGUCUGACGCCAUACGAUUUAAAUCUAAACUGUGUUUGUCACGGGGUGAGGUAAACCUAGCUCAGACGUUGGUGGGGAGCGGAGAGUUGCUUUUCUAUAUGUAGUAUUAUUCCUUAUUCUAUGCUUACGUGUUAAGCGGCACAUUGUAAGAAUGAGAUUUUUGUAUAGUGUUCACGGUAUGCCAUUACUGUAAUUUUUAAUAAGU